AUGGGCAUCCAAGAUCUACAAAUAUUUUUAGAAAAUGAGGGAGUAGGUGUCGACCUGUUUCGAAUUGCUAGAACGCAUCCUGGUGGUUUUCGAUUGGUAUUAGAUGCAGAAGGAUGCUUGGACCGUCUUUACGGAGGAUAUUUUUCAGAUUGGGCUUGUGGUGGACAAUGGGCCCGUUGUGUUCAGUUUUUAACUACAUUGGCACAAGCCUUAGCUGAACACCAAGUAGCAUUAUGUGUUUGCUUCAAUGGAGCCCAUCCGACACCUCCAGCAUUGCCUCAACAUUGGAUUCAAACACAAGCCACUUACAGACAAAGAGUUAAUUCUGUAUUACGACACAUUGUAACUAAAGGAACACCACCACCAAAAGUAUGGUGGGUUCCACCAACAGGAUUACACUCAUGUCUAAGAACAGCUCUACGAUACCUCAAUAUUCCUAUUAUGGUAUCAUCAGAUGAUCAUUGUCAAGAAGUAGUGGGUUUAUGCCGUGAGAAGACUUAUGCUGGCCUUGUAGGUUGUUCAGGAGAAUAUUUAGUAUUUCAACCACCUAGAUACUUUAGUUCGUCGCAGUUAAAAUUAACAUAUAGAUCAUCCUUGGAAACCAAAGAAUAUAUGGUACAUGAAUUACCAAAGUUGUUAGAUGUACCGCAAGAUAGACUCUGUCUCUUGGCUGCACUACUUGGAGGAGUUAUUUUAUCAGAACAGAGCCUCACUGAUUUUUAUAAACGUUUAGGAAUCGCUCAAAAGAAGCAACAAAUACCACCUGAAACACUUAUCAAAACAGUUGGUCAAUUUGUACGCGAUCUGCCCUCGUCAGACAUAGAUGCAGCAUGUAUUGAAAUAUUUGGUGACCUCAAUGACCUCCGUGCUGCCAAACUGAAACAGGCUGUACAAUAUUAUCUUAAUGGUACCAAAGAUGGCUUCCUUAAAUAUAGAACAGCUUCUGGUCGUCGCCCCAAAAGUAACAAAAAGAAUCAGAGACCUGAAAUCAGCCCUCAGUCGACAUCAGCCGACCUCGACACAUCGAAGCUUGCGUCCGAAUCUUCUGAGCAUGAGCAAAAAGGCUUGGAAGAUUACAAAUUGGCUACGGCGAACGCGUCCAUUAACGCGGACUUUAGUAUGGAGGAGCCGUGUCACGACUUGAGCCACGGCGUCGCGUCGCUGGCGCUGGACGAAGCGCCCAAACCCACCCACCAGCCCUCUAAACCGACCGACAAAACCGAAAAACCGCCACCGAGAGAGGCGACAGCGUGUGUGAACAAACAAGCGCUGGGCGACGACAACUGCCCGCCCGCACCCGCAGAAGUGCUACGAACGUGCGCCGAACGUCACACUCGUGGACUCAUGCACCCUCAACUGCUUUCAAUUCUCACACACCGCCAAAUAACACUACCAGUUCUCAUGGAAGAUGACAAUCACCGUGAAAUACCUUCUAUACAUCACUUCUUCAGACCAAUCCGACAGAAUGUAUAUGCUAUCUUGUAUAACAUGCAUCAUCAUCGUUUUAUGGCACAGAAAGCUAAAGAUGAAGGCACAGCUAGUACGUCGACGAGCAACGAUCGUCCAUGCACAGUACAAGUGGCAGAGUGGAUAUAUUCCCGUGUCAAUCCUGGGAAGAGUCCGGAGAUUGUGUCUGGUGUUGUAUUGGAUUGGCCAGUGCCGACAGUGCAAAGGCUUUGGUUUGGAACAGCACAAGAUGAUAAAUGUCGUCGUAUGCGUGCAUUCCUCUCCUGCAUGCGAUCUGAUACUCCACUCAUGUUAAACACAUCAUAUGUGCCACAACAUCUGCUCAUUUUAGCUACUGUUUUAAGGUUCAUUAUGACUUCUCAAAUUCAAAUAUUGAGGCGACAAGAGCUCGAUGCGUUCUUGGCUACAGCUUUCUCAAAUGAUCUCAUGAAUGCCCUUCACCUACAAGAAAUGACAGUGCAAGGCAUGAGCUCGCGCGGCGUGCAGCUGGGCGCGCUGGUGAUGGCGGGCGCGGAGGCGGCGCUGGUGGCCAACGACGCGUGCGGCGCGCCCGUGCCCUGGCUCGUGGCCGCGCCCUGGCUCUACUUCGACGGCAAGCUGCUGCAGCGCAACCUGCACCGCGCCGCGCACUGCAAGCACCUCGCGCAGCUCUGCGACAACCAUCUCGACACCGUCGUCAAGGUGGAGCGCAUGCGCAAAGCGAUCCUCGAGGGUCUGGAGGUAGAGUUCGCGAUGCCGCCGCUGCCGCUGGUGGGCGUGGUGGGCGAGCCGCUGGCGUGGCGCGGGCGCGGCCGCGGCGCGCGCCUCGAAAUCGCCGGCGUCGUAGUGGGCCAGUGGGGCGGCGGCUCCUACCCCACGCACCCGCGCGCGCCUCGAUACCCGCAGGUGAGCUACGUGGGCUACACGCCGACGCCGCGCAACGCGUACGGCGGGCGCAGCUGGCGCGGCGCGCGCGGGCGCGGGCGCGGCCGCGGCGCCGCCCCGCCGGCCCGCGGCGCGGCACGCGCUCGCCGCCCGCGACACCACGAACCGGCUAAACCUGCUACACUCACUAUAAACGGAAAAACCGUUAGGUCGGACGAAAUGAGUCCGCCCGCCGAUGACGGCAGUGCCCCUGAAGAUAGCUCCCAGCCUGAAAAUGACGGUGAAGGGACUCAACCUCAGAAAACAAAGACUGGAAAAAACAUUAAGAAGAAUUUAGGGAAAGGUAAAAAAAAGAGCACCAACCCGAAGACUGAUGUAGCUCAGAGUUUGGAAGCGAAUGGACCACUAGAUAAGAACAAGGUGGCGGGACUUAGUCAUAGUUCUGAUCGAGAUCACUUUGGUCAAGGCGAUGCCCCUGUCAGUAAU